AUGGUGACAAAUCAGGCAUUCCAACAGAGUCUAGUCAAGUGCUCGGCAUCACCUCACAUUCAUGAGGUGCUGAGCGUGGUGGUGUCGUGCGACAGUGAAAUUGUUGUUUCCGGCAGUUGGGAUGGAUCAAUUCGUGUUUGGCGCAUGAAGGAUGGCUCGCAAAUGUGCAUCUUUACCUCCAACAUCGAGGUGCUGCAGGUGAAGCUCUCGCGUGACAAACGUGCAAUUGUGGGCUUGGGAGAACGCAAUGGGCAUCGCAAACUCAUCAUGAUGCAGAUUGUGCGCUCACGAACCUGUGCUCCCGCCGUCUACACUCGGAUGGCCUCACCGGGUGGUGGCGGCGGUGGUCUUUCGCCUGCUUCGCCUCAGGCGCCCCUUCCGGAGGAUCUACUCCCCUAA